AUGGUAUCAGCAUUUUUACCAGCGCAAUUAACCAAAUACCUAGAAUAUAUGGCCUUGCCUGCUAUAUAUUCUCCUUAUCUACACGACCCGCAAUCCUUCCCCAAAACAGAGGAGGCCUUAACAGCAUUAUUCCGAUGCCAGAUCACACGGUUUCCCUAUGAUAACCUCACUCUUCAUCACACUGAUACCGAGAUAGUCGAUAUCGCACCUGAAAGUAUCUAUGAGAAGUUCAUCGGAUCGGGAGAUACACAACCUUCCGGACGAGGGGGAUAUUGUCUCGAGUGCAGUAUCUUUUUCAAUCAUGUUCUCCGCGGACUGGGAUUUUCCGUUUACAUGACUGGAGUUCGGAAUCGAGGACGCGUUAAUGGAAUUCCGGAAGGAGAAUUCAAAGGCUGGACCCAUAUGAUAAACAUUGUCGAGCUUCCAAAUGGACAACAAUACCACGUUGAUGUAGCCUUUGGUGGCGAUGGUCCAACAAGACCUAUCCCACUAAUUUCAGGGUCCUCCAUCCAGAAUCUAGGAUCACAGGAGGUGCGACUGAUCCAGGGGAACAUCCCGAAACAGUCACGCUCAGAGCAAAAGCUCUGGAUUUAUCAAUACCGGAACUCUGCAGACCGGGACUGGAACUCGUUCUACAGUUUCGGUGAGUUCGAGUUCUUCCAGGAGGAUUUCGAGGUUAUGAAUCGGUAUACGAGUUGGGAGGCUGUCGCAAGGGGGAAUCAAUGGAUUGUGAAAUUUCUUCGAGGUGGAGAAACAAGUGCUUUACCUGUUCUUCCGGGUGAACUUCCUGAGACGAAUGGUCAUGCUGGAGAUGACUCGAUGGUGCAGAUCGUGGGAAAGAUUAUGUAUGUGAAUGGGGUUGUGAAAUUGAAUAUGGGUGGGAAGACGAGGGUUAUUGAUUCUUUGGAGACGGAGGAUGAGAAGCUGGCUGGAUUGAAGAAAUGGUUUAAUUUUUCCUUUUGA